AUGGAGGAGAUCAUCGUAAACGAUUCAGAGAUGUACGGAGCUCUUGUCACGGCGCAGUACGCACGGUUGCAUCAUCGUCACCACUGCAGAGAGAAUCAGUGUACCUCUGUUCUCGUCAAAUACAUCAAAGCCCCUGUUCAUCUCGUUUGGUCACUUGUCCGAAGAUUUGAUGAGCCGCAAAAAUACAAACCGUUUGUAAGCAGAUGUACAGUCCAAGGUCAUCCUGAGAUCGGUAGUCUCAGAGAAGUCAACGUUAAAUCUGGUCUUCCGGCGACAACUAGCACCGAGAGAUUGGAACAGCUUGAUGAUAAUGAACGUAUCCUAGGUAUCAACAUCAUUGGUGGUGAUCAUAGACUUAAGAACUACUCUUCGAUCUUGACUGUACAUCCGGAGAUGAUCGAGGGGAGAGCAGGAACUAUGGUGAUUGAAUCUUUUGUUGUGGAUGUUCCUCAAGGCAACACUAAAGAUGAGACUUGUUACUUUGUGGAAUCGCUCAUCAAGUGUAACUUGAAGUCCUUGGCUUGUGUCUCUGAAAGAUUGGCUGCUCAGGAUAUAACCAAUCCCACCGCCCCCACCUUCUGA